AUGGAGCUCGACCACUUGGACGUGCUGAGCCGCUGCCUCGGCUACGCGCUCACGGCGCAAGAGCGCUCGAACCUUGAGAUCGGCUUUCUCCGGCGCCAGGCGACCGAGAACAUUGGGGGCAUGCGGCUCUGGGGCAAGAUCCUUGGCGAGGCGCAGGACUACGUGGUUUGCGUCGCCCACGUCGACGCGCUCGACGUGCCGACAAAGAAAUUUUACUUUUGCACCAACACGUCGCCCGAGCUGCAGCAGUUUCCCGAAGUCUCCAAAGACAAGCGCGACAAGGCCGCCAAGUACACGGGGCGGCUCAAAGGCGAUCCGUCGCGCCCCAUGGACGAGAGCGACGACGGCCAAGACGACAACAACAAGGACGUCUUCCGCGAAGUCGACCGGCUUGUCGUCGUCGUCGAGGCCAUUGAUAACGCGGCGUCCAUCGUGCCCUGCGGCGCGUACGUGGUCUCGGCCACGCACCACGUCGUGGCCAACCGCCACUUUCAAGGGCUCACGUGGGACCGCGCGCAGCAGCUGAGCAGCUACUACCACUACCGGCCGGCCGACUCGGCCGAGCGCAAGAGCGCGCUGUCGCAGCCCGGCUUGGUGCGCGCAGCCGACUUUCUCGAUCCAAUCUCGGUCGACCUCGACGGCGUCUGGGACCUGCGCAAGGACAACACGGGCGCGGCGAUUGUCUUGCGCCACUUGCAGUACCCGGGGACGCUCUUCUUCCACAAGCCCCGCUCGAGCGUCUACGGCUUUGCCUACUUUGGCGACGGGCUCAAAAACCCCGACCUCGCCUUCAUGCUCUAA